AACAUGGUAUCAGAGCAGGUUUAGAAGCUAGUAUUUUCGCUUCCCCGGCGGGCGGCAACCUCACCUUAGCCGCCCGCCGGACCUCAACCUAAUCCGCUAGAAUUUUCUACACAUACCUUGAAAUUUAUUCGAGUCCACCACCACUGCACCUCCUCUCACUGUUGUCCUCCCAUACACCACCGUCUCGGUCGUCUUCAUCACCACCACAGAUCUGCCCAAUCUUACAGCCCAGGUGCUUCAGGUUUUAGGGUUUGGGUAUGAAUAGUGGUUUUGGCCAAUCAACUGGCCCUUCGUGUUCAGGCAAUACUAGCAAUGAAAUGGGUGAUUUUGAAUGUAAUAUUUGCUUUGAAUUAGCUGAAGACCCAAUAGUGACUCUCUGUGGCCACCUGUACUGUUGGCCCUGUCUUUAUAGGUGGCUGCAUAUACACUCAUAUUCUCACGAGUGCCCGGUUUGUAAGGCCCUUAUAGAGGAAGAGAAGUUGGUUCCAAUAUAUGGAAGGGGCAAAACAAGUUCAGACCCGAGAUUCAAAUCAAUUCCUGGCGAGGACAUUCCUCAUCGCCCUGCAGGCCAGAGGCCCGAAACAGCUCCUCCUCCUGCUCCAGAUGCAAACUAUUUCCGUCAAGAACAGGAUGGAAUUUUGGGAGGUUUUAUGCCUAGGGGGGCUGCAAGGGUUGGGAAUUUCACCUUGUCUGCUGUUUUUGGUGGUUUGAUUCCGUCUUUAAACCUUCAGGUGCAUGGAUUUAAUUAUGCUAAUGCAUAUGCUCCACCCACUGAUUUUAUAUUUUAUUUUAUCACAUACCCAUCAUGUACCCCACUCCCUCUCUCUCUCAUCUUUCCACUUUCAAACCCACAAUCCUUUUUUUUAAUCAACCCACUCCCUCACUUUCUUUAAACCCCUC